AUGACUGCCCCUCGAGAACUUCCAAUCACUUACGACCCUUCGGUUGAGAAGGGCGUCGAGAUACAUGCUGAACGGGCCGAAGACAUUAACGCCUUGUCCGACCCGGACGAAGGCAAGACGGACGAAGAGAGAAGAGCCAUCGACCGCAAAUUGAUGUGGAAAGUCGACAUGUGGAUUAUCCCAUGGCUUUCCUUCCUGUACCUGCUGUCUUUCCUCGACAGGACUAACAUUGGGAAUGCGCGGCUGGCGGGCUUGGAGGAUGAUCUCGGCAUGAAGGGACACGACUAUAACAAUGCAUUGACAGUCUUCUUUGUGAGCUAUGCUAUAGCAGAGGCUAUGACAAAUGUUCUUCUGAAGCGAUUGACGCCGCGAAUCUUCUUUAUGGGAAUUAUGGUACUCUGGGGAUUCAUUAUGACAAUGAUGGGUCUUGUGACAAGCUAUGGGGGGCUACUCGCUGCCAGAUUUUUCCUUGGUCUUGCGGAGGCUGGUCUAUUUCCAGGUGCUGCCUAUUAUCUGUCUUGCUGGUACCGGCGAGACGAGAUCGGAAUCCGAGCAGCCAUAUUCUUCUCAAUGGCGGCCCUAGCUGGAUCGUUUGGUGGACUUCUGGCCGCUGCCAUCUCAAAGAUGGACGGGGUGGGUGGUAAACCAGGCUGGGCAUGGAUCUUCAUCCUCGAAGGUAUCGGGACUAUGAUUGUCGGCUUCAUCACUUGGUGGAUGAUAUCUGAUUGGCCGGAUACCGCUCGGUUCCUCACAGAAGACGACCGACUUCGUCUCCGUCGCCGUUUGGCUAAGGAUAAACAGUCUUCAACCGCAGAAGCAUACGAUAAGCGCCAUAUCUUUGCAGCCUUUCGGGACUGGAAAACCUGGGGCUUUGGGCUCACACUGGUAGGAUCUGAGAUUGCACUUUAUGCGUUUUCCUUGUUCCUCCCAACCAUCCUCGCUGGGCUUGGGUACGCUGGGACGCAUGCUCAGUUACUCUCAGUGCCACCCUAUGCCUGUGCUGCGGCAAUUACCAUUUUCACUGGUUGGGUCGCCGACAAAACCAAGUGUCGUGGAUACUGCAAUAUGGCUGUCGCAACCCUCGGGAUCACAGGGUUUGUGAUGCUGCUAUCCACAGAAAAUCCUCACGUUCAAUACGCCGGCACAUUUCUGGCAGCUAUGGGCAUAUACCCGACAAUUCCUAAUAUCACCGCAUGGGUCGCAAACAACAUCGAAGGGGUCUACAAGCGAGGCGUCGUCAUUGGUAUUGUCGUGGGCUGUGGCAACAUCAACGGUAUCGUCAGCGCAAAUAUAUACUUAUCCAGCCAAAAACCCCGGUAUUGGACGGGCCACGGAACAGUGCUGGCAGCAUUGACGCUCUUCUUAUUUGGCGGUAGCGUUCUCAUGCAUGUGUUACUGAGAAUGGAGAACAGGAAGAGACUCUCGGGUAAGAGAGAUCGGAUGCAUGAAGGGAAAACGGUGGACGAGAUAUGGGUUGCAGGUGAUAAUAGGCCUGAUUUCAUCUAUACCCUUUGA